AAAACCAUCUGUUUACUUCCGGGUUACCCCCGCCGGGGUCCUUUUAGCUGCAGGCCCUAAAUGGCACCAGAAGAGGGCGCCUGUUCACAACACACGGUUGCGUAGCAACGAUAGCUAAACUCAAGUUGGUCCAGCUUUCCAAAAAAAAUUUCCCGUGGGUGUUGAGUCCACGGAAAUUGUACUACCACUAACCUUAAUUUGAAAUCGAGUGUAAGCCCUUACGAGACCGAAUGAGCGCCGGGCGGCCAUCAGAAGGGGCAGGCUGUAUCAGCUGGUGGGGCUUCAGUCCUGCACGAGACCUCAUCAAUACAGGUCCAGUGAGAGGUGAAGGGGAAGUCAACCUUUUACUGGUUGGAAGUGGCGAUCCGAGACAUAUUCUGAAGACUAUUGCUAGUCUGAAGGAAGAUGAUGUCCUUCAUGUAUGGCUGUUUGAAAGCAGCAUGGAGGUAAUGGCAAGACAGAUGCUGCUGCUCUACAUCGCACUGACUCCCCAGGAAACGAUGGGUCUGAAUGAGAAGACAGAGGUGUUCCUUGAGGUGUUCGGCAACAGCAUGAUCCGCAGUCAGACGGAGGACACCUUGAAACGUGCAGCCUUGCAGCUCUCGCUCUACAUCAGCGACACAAUGGAGUCGGAGAUGCAUCCUUGCCUGGAUACAUCUCUUCUCAAGUUCAAGGAGCGAGAUGAGCUGGUGAGGAUUUUUAAGUCGUGGAUGCAGCCAUCUGCAUCACCUACUCCUAUCUCCAUAUCCAAAGCCUGGGAUUAUAGAGUGAGGCAGCACCUUGGGACACGAUAUGACUCCAAAAAGGGCUGCUUUGACUGGGACCUCACAAUGAAGCUACAUGACAAAGGGUGUAGCGUCAUUAACAAGCAGCAGUAUGUGCGGUGGAGGGAGUGCGGCCUGGCUUUUGAACUAAGGGAGGGUGUCUACCAAUCAACCAACCCGAGCCUGCUGUCUCCGCGCGUCUUCAACCAGAAAGGCAACCGAGUGGCUGUGAUAGGCUACUGGGGGGACAUCGUGUCUGGUCCGUACAUCUCCUUUGGCACCGAAACCGAAGACGAGAGUUUGCUGAAGACGCAGAACGGGCAACACAUGAAGACAGCCCAGGACAUAUCCUUUGCAAAUGUGCAGGAAUUCUUCCAAUCAUUGUCCAGGAGACAGCAUUGUCCUGCUGUUCAUCAGUCAAACACAGACGAAGAACAACCACCACCAAGUCAUGACCAUAAACCUGCCCCCAUCAAUAACCUGAUGCAUCUCAAUCGUGUCUCUGUCAACUUCCUGCCUUUGGAUUCCCUUCAGAAGCUGCCCAAAAAAGGGAAAUAUGCCCAUUUCUUCGACAUCAUCUACUUUUCCACAAGCUGUGCGCACCAUUUGGGCUCCAAUAUUUGGCAGAUUGCAGCACCAGACGCUCUGCUUGUUGUCGAGUUGGCCAAGUACAUUUUGGACCUGAACAAAGAGCAAGAAGCAGGCUUUGCAGAACGAGUGUCCAGCAUGUGUACGGAGGCUGGAUUCCAACCGUGUCGUGAGGCAAAGAGUGAUGACGUCCAUGCUGUUUUCACACCACAGAAGGACAUUGCAUAGAAUUUAAUGAUUUUAGCCAGUAUAUCCUUACAUGACGUCACAUACUAUUUCACAGCACAAGUGAGGAAUACAACGGCGCAAUUGCAUGCAAUACCGCAAUUUAUUCAUGUCAGUGGUGCAACACUGCAGAGACCUUAGCCUUCAUGGUGGUGUGGACUCACUUCCAGCGUCCUCCAACCUUCCCUUUACCGUGACCUUUUUUGCUUUGAGACAAGAGAAGAUCUUUGAGUGGAUAAAGUCUGUGUGGGUGUGUCGCUUGAGUACCACAUGCAGAUGGACUCACAACUUUUGAGCGUGUUGGAUUCUGUUCAGGAGGACGUUGAUCUGGAAUAGAACAGACAGUGAAGUGUUUUGAUUACCAAAACCCCAAAACACACACACACCAAUGAGAUAAUCAAAUGAUGCAUUUUGUUUAAGCAAAGCAAUUCAUUGGAGGAUAAGCAGCAUAGAAAACAGGAGAAUGGAGCUGUAAUGCCGCCUCUGUCCACCAAAGGGAGGCUGAUGUCAUUGCACUGCCCCAAUGAAAGCGUUGUUCAGACGCAAUGCAUUAUGGGAACAUCUGUUGAUAUGGGUAUCAAAAAGAUUAUUAUUUUUUUUUAACUCAUUGGUACAUGUUUGUAUAUUUCACGGGUAUACUUUUUCAGGGUUAAGUCGGUGUGUGAUGAUUUUAGUGUUCUUUGUAAGAUUUAGUGUAAAA